CGGGCUCCGUAGCGCGUGUGCAGGCUGACGCAGCUCGCGGGCCCUCCUCCUGCUCUGCAGCGGCGUCGGCGGAGUUUUGGGCGUUUGGGAGGGGGCAAGGGAUCGAGAGUCGAGAGAGGGAGGCGGCGGCGGCCGGGAGGAGGAGGAGGAGGAGCAGGCGCCGCCAUGGCCGCCGCUAUCACCGACAUGGCCGACCUGGAGGAGCUCUCCCGCCUGAGCCCUCUGCCCCCCGGCAGCCCCGGCCCGGCGGCGCGGGGCCGGGCUGAACCCCCCGAGGAGGAGGAGGAGGAAGAAGAGGAGGAAGAGGAGGCGGAGGCCGAGGCGGUGGCGGCGCUGCUGCUGAACGGCGGCGGCGGGGGCAGCGGAGGCGGCGGCGGAGUGGGGGGCGGCGAGGCGGAGACGAUGUCGGAGCCUAGCCCCGAGAGCGCCAGCCAGGCCGGGGAGGACGAGGACGAGGAGGAAGACGAGGAGGAGGAGGACGAGAGCAGCAGCAGCGGCGGGGGCGAAGAGGAGAGUAGCGCCGAGAGCCUGGUGGGCAGCAGCGGCGGGAGUAGCAGCGACGAGACGCGCUCUCUGAGCCCCGGCGCCGCCAGCAGCAGCAGCGGGGAUGGGGACGGCAAGGAGGGCCUGGAGGAGCCCAAGGGACCGCGGGGCAGCCAGGGCGGCGGCGGGGGCGGCAGCAGCAGCAGCAGUGUCGUCUCCAGCGGCGGCGACGAGGGCUACGGGACCGGGGGAGGCGGAAGCAGUGCGACCUCCGGGGGCCGGCGAGGCAGCUUGGAGAUGUCGUCGGAUGGGGAACCCCUGAGCCGCAUGGACUCGGAGGACAGCAUAAGCAGUACUAUAAUGGAUGUAGACAGCACAAUUUCCAGUGGGCGUUCAACUCCAGCAAUGAUGAAUGGACAAGGAAGCACUACUUCUUCAAGCAAAAAUAUUGCCUAUAAUUGUUGUUGGGACCAGUGCCAGGCUUGCUUCAACUCUAGUCCAGAUCUGGCAGAUCACAUCCGUUCCAUUCAUGUAGAUGGUCAGCGAGGAGGGGUGUUUGUUUGCUUAUGGAAAGGUUGUAAAGUAUAUAACACUCCAUCAACCAGUCAGAGCUGGUUACAGAGGCAUAUGCUGACACACAGUGGAGACAAACCUUUUAAGUGUGUUGUUGGUGGCUGCAAUGCCAGCUUUGCUUCUCAGGGAGGGCUAGCUCGCCAUGUACCCACACACUUCAGUCAGCAGAACUCCUCAAAAGUUUCUAGCCAGCCAAAGGCCAAAGAAGAAUCUCCUUCUAAAGCUGGAAUGAACAAAAGGAGGAAAUUAAAGAACAAAAGACGACGCUCAUUACCACGGCCACAUGAUUUCUUCGAUGCACAAACACUGGAUGCGAUAAGACAUCGAGCCAUAUGCUUUAACCUCUCAGCUCAUAUAGAAAGUUUAGGGAAGGGACACAGUGUUGUUUUUCAUAGUACUGUAAUAGCUAAGAGAAAAGAGGAUUCUGGAAAGAUAAAACUUUUGCUUCAUUGGAUGCCUGAAGACAUUUUGCCUGACGUGUGGGUGAAUGAAAGUGAACGACAUCAAUUAAAAACUAAAGUAGUUCAUUUAUCAAAGCUUCCCAAAGAUACUGCCUUGCUUUUGGACCCAAACAUAUACAGAACAAUGCCGCAGAAGAGGUUGAAGAGAACUCUGAUAAGAAAAGUGUUCAAUUUGUAUUUAAGCAAACAGUGAACGACAUUUGCAAUCAACUAAAAAUUCGUCUAUCGAAUUAGGGCUGAAAAUUUCUGUUAAAGAGUGUUGCAGUAUGUCUGGUGGCUCCCUUUUCAGGACUAGGGUUUUCUCAUGGAGUACAGUAUGUUAAUAUUUACCUAUAUAACUAAUCUGUUAACGGUUUUUGAAAAACCUAUAUUUCAAAUUACUUGAGUAGUCCUCGUAUUUUAAUUUUAACCUAAAUAAGCCUCUGAUUUUUUUUUUUUUUCCUGAGGAAAGCAUUUGGUUUAUGAGUUAUUUUUCUUAAGGAAAGAAAAAUUGUAUUUUUUUUUAAAGUAUCUUCAAACUGAAUCCUUUAUGCACCAAAGUUGGUUUUGAAAAGCAAAAUAAAAUCACUUUCUUGCUUGGUGAGCAAGAAGCCAUAUGGAUUUUUUUUAACUUACAGAAAUGGAAAUAUGUGUAACUUGUUAGUAUUGUAUCAAACAAAUGUUGCAUAGAGAUAAUAGAACAUUGCCUGUAAAUAAUUCAGCAGAUUUGUAAUAUAUUUUUAUAUUAUGAAAUGUUCUGUAGAUGUUUUUCUAGAGGCAUGGAAGUUAAAUGUAUAUAUUAUGGGUAGAAAUAAUAUUGAAGGAUAUUGUAAUUCACUAGUGCUGCCAGAGGAAUUGUUAAUAAAGCACCUUCUUUAACAAUAAAUGUCUUUUGCAGACUUAAGGGACUAUGUACUACUGUUAAUAUCUAUAAGAACAAAACACAUUGAACAUCCUUCCAGAAAGUCUUUGAGGGAGGACCUAUACCCAUAAUAGAAUUAUGGCACUCAUUUCUGACAGUGACCGUGAAAUCAAUUAUUUCCUUACUGUUGGAAGGACAUAUUGUAAAGUAUGUGGUUAUAUGCAGUCAAACUGCAGAAAAUACUCCUGAUUGAGGAGUUUUCACUUUACUACAGUGAUAUAAAAACCAGCAGUUUUUACAUUAAAAUUUUUUAAAGAGAAUAGACAAAAAUAUAGAAUUAAUAAGCCUUUGGUUCCAAAAUGGGAAAGGUUCCAUGACACAUAAAUCAUUUCUCAUUUACUUUAAAAAAUUAAAAAAAUAAUAAAAAUUAUGGGAGACUUUAUUCGUUAACAAUGGGGUAAAGAGCUAUGUACAUGAAAUGAGUCAUAUAAAAUUAAAUGAAGUGCAAAUAAAAGCACUGCUACUAUGAGACAUUCUGGAAUGGUUGUUUAAUAAGGGUAUAUUCAUAUGAUCUGUAGCAAAUGUGAUUUUAUUUUUAAAAAGAAAAGAAAAGCAGUGUGUUUUCUUACUAUUUUUUGUUUUCUUUUGCUUAAGCACUUCAUCAGUUGCUUUAUUCUGUAUCUACGAAGUAAUCUGCAAUCUCCUUUGUUCUUUUAAGAUUUGAUUUGUUAUAAAACUGCCAAAUAGAAGUGUUCCAGAUAUAUAGUUUGUACCUGUAUUUUUUAUUUUAUUGCCUCAUGUUCUUGUAAGUCAUUCUUAAUUGACGGAUGAUUGUAGACCUUGCCUGAGUAUUUUUUCUAAUAAAACAAAGCAAAUCACACUUA